AUGUCGGCACCGGGCCCUGAACGCACCACAGGCUUCUUGGGCUUUGAUCUCUUGUCUGUCUCCUUCCAGGCCGCGGAGUCCAAGCGGGAGCAGUACAGAAGGUACCUGGAGAAGUCCGGGGUCAUGGACACCAUCGCCAGCGCUCUAGUGGCUCUGUAUGAGGAGACCGUAAUAUCGUCGAGACCUCCCAUCAGCGCCCUGGAUUUCAUAAAGCUUCACCUCGGGGGGGCUGGUCCAGAGCCGGCGGACGCUGACACUCUUCGCAUGGAGCUCGCCGAUCUCCAGCAGAAGAACAACCUGCUCAUGGAGGAGAACAAAGAGCUGAGGAACAAGUACGAAGUGUCACCUGAAGAGGGCGCUGCAGAGUAGAGACGCUCUCUUCUUCGUUCCACAAAAUGUACG